GAAAGAAGAGCAGCCAUUCUGACUUUAAGAAUCGGCCUUCCCAACUUGAAGUUUUUAAUUAUAACAGUAUCUAGCAUUAGUUUACACUCUAUUUAAAUCCAAUUUCAAGAUAUCGAACAAAGGUUGCUACAACUUGGGAGGCUGACAUUGACCACAAUAAAUUCUUUUUUUUUCCCCCUGAUGUUGAAAGAUUUUUCUUCUUAUGAUCGCACACUUGCUUCCAAACCACUAGAACGAUAUUUAUUGGAAUGUUGUGUGAUCCAGAAAAAGAAAUUCCAAUGAAACAUCGGCCACCAACUCAAUGAACUUUUCCCAGCUGCGCAAACUUGUGAAAUGAAACUCGUCAACAAAACGUCAUGAAAACAUUUUGCAAACAUCCCCUGAAGAAAAACAAGGGGUGAGAUGGUGUAAUUUUAGAAACUUGAUCUUUCUAGACAACGGCAGCCAAAUGGCACUAAUGCGUAGCAGGUUUACAUUCAUACCACACACACACGUCAAGUUGGCAAAUUUCACACUCGUCUUAUGAAGUCACUGGAUUCCCAACCAGGGCUGACUCAGGUCGUGUGUUAUAUAAGGAUGGUACAGCAGGCUGCUGCUCAGAGCAACCUGGAACAGGUCAACAGGAGGAUGUGGAAGAGAACUCCCAAUGAAGUGACAACUGCAAGGGGCGGUGAAGUCGCUGUGGGGAUGGGCCUUGUGGGACGUGGGUGCAUGAAAAGCCUGGUGGUUUGGUGGCACCUCUGCUGCAUCGUUGCGGCAUCCUCUGACGGGCUGCGCCUUCCCCAGACCGCGGCCCCGCUACGCCGGAGUUUCCCCUUCCUCGCGCUGUGGAACGCUCCGUCCGAGCUGUGCGCCAGCAAGUUUGGGGUCGCCCUCAACCUGGCGUCGUUCCCGAUGGUGUCCACUACCCGCCGCAGCCCGUUCCAGCAGGACGUGCGGAUAUUCUUCAACGGCAUGAUUGGCCGCUACCCGCACUACGACGGGCCGAGCGGCCGGGAGGUGAACGGCGGGGUCCCGCAGCAGGCCGAUAUGGCCGGGCAUCUGCUGAAGGCCGGGCUGGACAUCGGCCAGCUCAUCCCGUCCAACACGUCCAGGGGCCUGGCGGUCAUCGACUGGGAGAGCUGGCGGCCGGUCUGGAGCCGCAACUGGCACCGCAUGUCCGUCUACCAGCGCCAGUCCGUGGAGUUGGUGCAGCAGAGGGACCUCUCGCUGACCCGGCCGAACGCUACGGCCAUCGCCAAGGCCGAGUUCGAGGAGGCGGCGAGGACCUUCCUGGUCAAGUCGCUGCAGCUGGCCAAGAAGCUGAGACCACGCCAACUCUGGGGCUUCUACCUGUUCCCCAACUGCUACAACAACAACAUGGGCAGGAUGAGGGGCCUGAACCGGACCUACACCGGGAGGUGCCCGCAGCGGGCAGUCUCACGGAACAACGAGCUGGCCUGGCUCUGGCGGGAGAGCACAGCGCUCUACCCCAGCGUCUAUCUGCCCAAGGCCAUCCAGUCGACAGACAAGGCCAAACUCUUUGUGCGCCAUCAGGUGCAGGAGGCAAUGAGAGUGGCCGCACUCUCCAGGGGGCAACACACCAUCCCUGUUUAUGUCUACACCAGGGUCGUCUAUCGCGAUGCCUUCAACGAAUCCCUCUCUCAGGCUGAUCUCGUCAGUACGAUCGGAGAGAGCGCCGCGCUUGGAGCUGCUGGGAUCGUGGUUUGGGAGAGCUCAAACACAACGAUAAAUAACCACACGUGUAACAUGCUGCAGAGCCACAUGGACGAUGUCCUGAAUCACUAUGUCCUCAACGUGACUCAGGCCACCAGACUGUGCAGCCGGGAGCUGUGUGGGAGCAAGGGCCGGUGCUUGAGGAGGCACUGGGACUCUGAUGACUACCUGCACCUCAACCCCAACCACUUCAAGAUCCGUCGGAAAGCCAACGGCCGGCUGCAGGUAACCGGCCGGGCCUCACCGGAGGAUUUACUGGAGAUGGCGGAGAGAUUUACCUGCCAGUGUUACGCGGGCAAAGCCUGCAACUCCCAGUGACCCUCACAGAUACUCUGGCCCGUCCCUCGAGAAACUCGGUGGCGCAGCGGGUAGAGUCGCUGCCUCACGGCACCAGAGACCCCGGUUCAAACCUAACCUGGGCGCUGCCUGUACGUUCUCCCCGUGACCUGCGUGGGUUUUCUCCGGGUGCUCCGGUUCCUGCCCACACUCCAAAGGCUUUUUAUAAGUUAAUCCCUAGUGUGCAGGGGAGUGUUAUCGUGCGGGGAUCGCUGGUCGGCACAGACUCGGUGGGCCGAAGGGCCUGUUUCCAUGCUGUAUCUCUAAACUAAACUCUUUAACCAUCGAUCACACUCUAGUCUGAAUGACCAAUGUUUCAAUCUCAUUGGAGCAGACAAUCUUAAGAAACAGUUAGACAGGUACAUGGAAAGGACGGGUUUGGAGGGAUAUGGGCCAAACGCAGGCACGUGGGACUAGUGUAGCUGGGACAUGUUGGCCGGUGUGGGCAAGUCGGGCCGAAGGGCCUGUUUCCACGCUAUAACACUCUAUGACUCUAUUUACAACAUAACAAAUAUAUUAACUACUUCAAUGUCAUGAAGGGUUCAUUACUUAAUUUAUUUUUUUAUUUAUACUUGAAGAAUUUUGUAUUUCAUGGUGUAUAUUGCACGUGAUAUUUUUGUGCGUAAAUGCAUCUUUUUUUAGGGUACAGUGUAAACAUUUGCAGACUCUCUUGAACUAAAUAAAGAAUUUGUCAAAUAAUGUUCGAGUAUGUUUGAGUUAUUGUUCUUCAUUGGGAAAAUGCAAUGGUAAAUGAGGUGGCUCUGCAGCAUGUUACACGUGUGCUGUGGAAACCAACAAAGAACCGUCAAGAGUCAAUAGACAAUAGGUGCAGGAGUAGGCCAUUCGGCCCUUCGAGCCAGCACCGCCAUUCAAUGUGAUCAUGGCUGAUCAUCCAUACCCCGUUCCUGCUUUCUCCCCAUAUCCCCUGACUCCGCUAUCUUUCAGAGCCCUAUCUAGCUCUCUCUUGAAAGCAUCCAGAGAACCCGCCUCCACCGCCCUCUGAGGCAGAGAAUUCCACAAACUCAACACUCUCUGUGAGAAAAAGUGUUUCCUCGUCUCCGUUCUAAAUGGCUUACUCCUUAUUCUUAAACUGUGUGUGGCCCCUGGUUCUGGACUCCCCCAACAUCGGGAACAUGUUUCCUGCCUCUAGUGUGCCCAAGCCCUCAACAGCCUUAGUAGACAGGGCGGUCAAGAAGGCUUUUGGUACAUUGGCCUUCAGUAGUCAGAGUAUUGGGUGUAAGGGUUGGGAAGUCAUGUUACAGCUCUACAAGACAUUGGUGGGGGCUCAUUUAGAGUAUUGUGUUCAGUUUUAGUCACCAUGUUACAGGAAAUAUGUCAAGCUGGAAAGGGUGCAGAGAUGUUGCCAGGAUAUGGACAAGCUUUCCCCUUUGAGAAUAGGGAAGAUUCAAACAAGAGGACAUGACUUCAGAAUUAAGGGACAGAAGUUUAGGGGUAAUAUGAGGGGGAACUUCUUUACUCAGAGAGUGGUAGCGGUGUGGAAUGAGCUUCCAGUGGAAGUGGUGGAGGCAGGUUCAUUGGUAUCAUUUAAAAAUAAAUUGGAUAGGCAUAUGGAUGAGAAGGGAAUGGAGGGUUAUGGUAUGAGUGCAGGCAGGUGGGACUAAGGGGAAAAAAAGUUGUUCGGCACGGACUUGUAGGGCCGAGAUGGCCUGUUUCCGUGCUGUAAUUGUUAUAUGGUUAUAUGGUUAUAUGAGGAUGUUGCCAGAACUCGAGGGCCUGAGCUAUAGGGAGAGAUUGAGUAGGCCAGGACUUUAUACCUUGGAGCGCAGGAGGAUGAGGGGUGAUCUUAUAGAGGUGUAAAAGAUCAUGAGAGGAAUAGAUUGGGUAAAUGUACAGUCUCCUGCCCAGAGUUGGGGAAUCGAGAACCAGAGGGCACACAGUAGGUUUAAUGUGAGGGAGAAUGAUUUAAUAGGAACCUGAGGGGUAACCUUUUUACAUAAAGGGUGGUGGGUGCAUGGAACGAGCUGCCGGAGGAGGUAGUUGAGGCAGGGACUGUCAUAACAUUUAAUUGGCUUUGGUAAAAAUUGUAAAUUGUCCCUAGUGUGUGUAGUGUGUGUUAGUCUGCGGGGAUCGCUGGUCGGCACGGACAUGGUGGGCUGAAGGGCCUGUUCCCAUGUAUCUCUGAACUAAACUAAACUAAACCCAGCGGGAGAGGCGAGGAUGUGGGCGAUGUCUCGGAUUGAUACUCACCAGAGGAGGUAGUUGAGGCAGGUGCUACAAUGAAUGAAUGAAUAAGUUUAUUGGCCAAGUAUUCACAUACAAGGAAUUUGCCUUGGUGCUCUGCCCGCGAGUGUCAACAUGACAUACAGUGACAGUUAGGAAUGACACAUAAAACUUUAAACAUUAAUAAUAAAGCAUUAUCGAUUAAACAUGUGAAUUACGUAAAAUACCAGAUCAAAG